AUGGAGGCAAUUACUGGGGCAGAUUCUGGUGAGGCUCCUACUAGGGACUCAACUCCUAGUUUUCAUGAUGAAGAUGUUCUUGCUCUCCUUGGCUAUAACCCAACUCCUACUCAUCUUCCUGUCAUUCCUCCUAAUGUUGGCUUUCCGGAUCUUCCCUCGGUGGGUGAGCCGGGCGUCCCCCAGUACCCUGUCGUUCCUCCUAAUGUCGGUUUUCCGGAUCUUCCCUCGGUGGGUGAGCCAGGCGUCCCCCAGUACCCUGUCAUUCCUCCUAAUGUCGGUUUUCCGGAUCUUCCCUCGGUGGGUGAGCCGGGCGUCCCCCAGUACCCUGUCAUUCCUCCUAAUGUCGGUUUUCCGGAUCUUCCCUCGGUGGGUGAGCCGGGCGUCCCCCAGUACCCUGUAAUUCCUCCUAAUGUUGGUUUUCCGGAUCUUCCCUCGGUGGGUGAGCCGGGCGUCCCUCAGUACCCUAUCCCAGGCAGCCCGCGACCUGGCUACUAUGUAGCCGAUCCUACGGAAGUUUCAUCUCCUCACACUGAUGCUUCCACAGGUACUAUGGAACGUGCCAAUACCAAGCGGCGUCGGGAUGACACAAAUGAUUCAGAGACUCCCCAGCCUCGAAAGAAGAGAUCAGCCGAAUGGACGAGUUUCACCACUCUAGGUGACUCGUCAAAUGAUUCACGAAGCCUGGAUGCUGAUGGUGAUACCCCGAUGGAUGAAAACUACAACUCUUUUAACGUUAACAGGAAGUCUGUUGAACCAGAGUCUGGUGUGUGGUCUACGAUGCGAGGUUAUCUUGGUCGUUUAAGCCGCCAACCUUCUCCAGAGGAACCGGAUGAGGAGCUCUAG